AUGGUUUUUGAAAAUUUAGUCGCUUAUUUACUUGAUAUAUAUUUGAGCGAUUAUAUCGAAAAUUUAGAUACAAAAAAGUUCAAAGUUGAUUUAUGGAGUGAAAAACUAACACUUCAAGUUCCAUGGAAAAAUAUAUAUACACAAUCAACAAAAGCGUCAAUCGAUGGACUUUUUUUAUUAGUUGUACCGAAAACUGAAGUUGAAUAUGAUGCUAAACGUGAUGAAAAAGAACAGCAUGAAGCAAAAAUGAAAGAAGUUCAUCAGAUUGAAGAACUUCGUAAAGAACAAGAAGCUCAAAAAAAUGCUAAAUCAUCUGAUAAAAAUAAUGAUACAUUUAUUGAACGCAUGAAAUUACAAGUUAUACGAAAUUUACAAUUAUCUAUUCGAAAUAUACAUGUUGUGUAUGAAGAUAAAUCAGCAAAACCUGAUCGUCCAUUUGCUUUUGGAUUUACGCUCAAUUAUAUUACAUUACACACUACAACUCCAACUUGGCAACGAACAAUACUUAAAGAAGAUACAUCAGUAAUUCAUAAACUUGGUGAUUUAAGUGCUUUAGCAAUUUAUUGGAAUACCAAUGCUCACUCACGAUCUGGAUUAUCAAGAGAUGAAGUUCUUAAAAAUCUAAGACAAAGAAUAGCAGUUAAUAAUCAACAAGCACCAACUGAUAUAGAAUAUAUUCUUCGACCACUAAAUAUCAAAGCAAGAAUUGUAUUAGCGAUGAAACCACGUCAAGAAGAAUUUAAACGACCAAUGUUUGAUAUUAAAGUUGAUUUAGAUGAAAUUAGUUUAAAUAUUAAUCAUGCUCCAGCAGCACCUUCACUCAAGAUCGAUGCUGAUUUAGAAGAAUUUCGAAUAAUACUUGCAUUGAAACAAGCAAAAUUAUUUGAUAUACAAGUUCAAGGUAUCAAAGCAUACGUAUCACAAGCACCAAAAAAGACAUUAAUCAAUUUAAUGCUCUCUGAUUUACGUAUUUUGGAUCCAUAUAAAGAAGCACGAUAUCGAAAAAUUAUUUCUCAGCAAGGUGAUGAUAAAGAAUUACUUCGUGUUGAUUUAUCUUUAUUUACUUAUCCUGGAGAAUAUCAAAAACCUAUUGAUGUUUUUGAUUGUGAUGCUGAUUUAAAUUUACCUGUAACGAUAUCUUUGGGUUAUCUUGAAAAACUAACACUUCAAGUUCCGUGGAAAAAUAUAUAUACACAAUCAACAAAAGCGUCAAUUGAUGGACUUUUUUUAUUAGUUGUACCGAAAACUGAUGUUGAAUAUGAUGCUAAACGUGAUGAAAAAGAACAGCAUGAUGCAAAAAUGAAAGAAGUUCAUCAGAUUGAAGAACUUCGUAAAGAACAAGAAGCUCAAAAAAAUGCUAAAUCAUCUGAUAAAAAUAAUGAUACAUUUAUGGAACGCAUGAAAUUACAAGUUAUACGAAAUUUACAAUUAUCUAUUCGAAAUAUACAUAUUGUCUAUGAAGAUAAAUCAACAAAACCUGAUCGUCCAUUUGCUUUUGGAUUUACACUUAAUUAUAUCACAUUACAUACUACAACUCCAACUUGGCAAUCAACGAUACUUAAAGAAGAUACACCAUUAAUUCAUAAACUUGGUGAUUUAAGUGCUUUAGCAAUUUAUUGGAAUACCAAUGCUCACUCACGAUCUGAAUUAUCAAGAGAUGAAGCUCUUGUAUUUCUUCGACCACUAAAUAUCAAAGCAAGAAUUAUAUUAGCGAUGAAACCACGUCAAGAAGAAUUUAAACGACCAAUGUUUGAUAUUAAAGUUGAUUUAGAUGAAAUUAGUUUAAAUAUUAAUCGUGAUCAAUAUUCAGAUUUACUUGAUUUACUUGAAUUUCAAGAUUAUCUCAGUGUUCAAUCAAAAUAUAUCAAAUAUCGUAUUAGCAAUGGUAUAAUAGAAAAACCAACUGUUAAGAGAUGGAAAUUUGCAUAUGAAGCAAUUGUUAAUGAAGGAGUUCGACCAAGAUUUGAAUGUUACAAAUGGAAAAAUAUCAAGCUACAUUUAGAUCGAUGUAGAGAAUAUCGUUCACUUCAUUUUCAAGAAUUACUUGGAAAGGCAACAGUUGAACAAAAACAACGAGCAGAAGAAUUAGAAGAAAAACUUGAUGUUUUCAAUUUAACAUAUAUUCGUCGUUGUGCUGAAAUUGAAGCAAAGAAAAGAAAAGAUCUAGAACCAAAAACGUGGUGGGGAAGUGUAUCGAACUGGAGGGGUGGAAGUAAACCAGCAGAUAAUCCAGAACUUGAUUUCGAAAAAGUCAUGACACCAGAGGAAAAAAAGAAAUUAUAUUAUGCAAUUGGUUAUGAAGGAGAAGAUACUUCAACAUCAACUUAUCCAGAAGGAUAUAUCGAUAUAGAUUUAGCUAUUCAAUUGAAGUUGCUAGAUGUUAAUAUUUGGUCGAAAUUUAAUGAAAAUGACGCUCAAUUUCGAGUUAUUGCUCGAGCACUCAUACCUGAUACCGGUUUAAUCUUUAAACGAAGACCAGCUAAAUCAGCUAUUGCGAUCUUUGUUGAUUUCGGUUCAUUUCAAGUGUUUGGUAUGGCUACAGAUUUGCAACAAUCUGAAUUUUCCAAUAUUAAUCGUCCUGUACUUGCUCAACCUGUUUCUCAAUCAUUAUCCACAUCCAAUCAACAAAAAUUUUUACAAGUUGAAUUUGAAACAAAUCCAUUAGAUGGAUCAUCAGAUUAUCGUGUUAAAAUUGUUUCACAAUCGCUUGAGAUUAAAUACAAUGCACCAACAAUAAAUAAAUUAUUUGAAUGUUUUGAACAAGAUACUCAACGUAAUCUUCAAGGUGUUAAACAAGCUGCUUAUUCAACUUAUACAAAUGUUAAACAUCGUUCUUAUAUAUUAAUGAAACAUAAUAUUGAAAAAAUCAAAGUUUUAGAUAUUAAUGUUGAUCUUCAAUCAUCUUAUUUUCUUUUACCAGAAAAUGGAGUUUACCAAGAUGGUGCUGCAGCGAUUUGCAUGGAUUUCGGUCAUUUAACAUUAAAACGUCGUACAACACCCGGUGAAAACAGAGAACAAGAUACUUCACUUAAAGAAGCAAAAGACAUUGAAGAAGCACGUGAAAAAUCUUUUACUCAAUUUAAAUUAAAACUUGAAGAUAUUCAAUUAAUUUAUGCAAACCGAAAUGAAAGUUGGGAAAAAGCUCGUCAAGAAAAAUAUACAAAUAUACAUUUAAUUAAACCAAUGGAACUUGAUUUAGAUGUUGGUAAAUGUAUUUAUAAUGAUGAUGCUGUUUUAUCUGCUUGGAAAGUUGCUGGAAAUCUUCCUAACAUAGAUUUACGUUUAUCGGAUAAACGUUUAUUUCAAAUAAUGAAUCAUAUGCAAUCAAUUCCAUUUCCGGAAUCGAAACAUCCAGUUGUUGCUGCACAAUCAAUUGAAACAGAACCGAUACUUGUACCAUCAUCAUUGAGUAAUCCUGAAAAAACAUUAGAAGUAGUUGAAGGAAUGGCACCAGUUAAAAAAACUAAAGAAAAAUUCGAAGCAAAAGAAAAUAAAGAUAAACAAAUCCAAAAUACUGAUAAAAUUAAGAAAAAAAAUGAAUGUGAAGGUCAAUUAACACAAUUAGAAGCAAAAUUUUCACUUGAUAAAAUUAAUGUACAUAUUGAUGAAAGUAUGAAUGAAAAUAAUGAACAUGCACCAUUUCUUCGUAUAACACUUGAAUCCAUUGUUGCUCAAACAAAAAUAAAAACAUUCGAUAAGGAAUUUGAUGCAUCAUUAGCUAAUUUAAUUCUCUAUCAUGAACAAUUUAUUGUUAAAGAUAAUCAACAAUUACGUUUAUUAUCAGCUCAAUUAGAACAAGACACUUCUAAUAAUCAAAAUAAAAAAUUAGUUUGUGUCAAUUUUCUUCAUACAUCACCAGAAAAUCCAUUAUUUUUAACAUCUCAAUAUGAUGGAAUUGAAAAUAUAGCUCAUGUUCAUUUUAGUAAACUUGUUGUGACAUUACAAUUAGAAGCACUUUUAUCAAUAUUAAGAUUUCAAGAUACAUUAAUGAAACAAUUAUCACAAGAUACACUAGAAAACCAAGCAAAAAAGAAACAAGAAGAAGAAAUGAAAAAACAACAAGAACAAAAAAAUGUUGAAGAUAAUAAAAAUAUUGAUAAAACUGGAAUAGCUAUACAGAAAAAAGAUGCUCCAGCAGCACCUUCACUCAAGAUCAAUGCUGAUUUAGAAGAAUUUCGAAUAAUACUUGCAUCGAAACAAGCAAAUUUAUUUGAUAUACAAGUUCAAGGUAUCAAGGCAUACAUAUUACAGGCACCAGAAAAAAUAUUAGUCAAUUUAAUUCUAUCUGAUUUACGUAUUUUGGAUCCAUAUAAAGAAGCACGAUAUCGAAAAAUUAUUUCUCAACAAGGUGAUGAUAAAGAAUUACUUCGUGUUGAUUUAUCUUUAUUUACUUAUCCUGGAGAAUAUCAAAAACCUAUUGAUGUUUUUGAUUGUGAUGUUAAAGUUCAAUUUGCUAAAGCAAAUAUUGUUUUUCUUUUUAAACAUAUCGAUGCAAUUUUGGGUUUUCUUGAUUCAUUAAAUAUAACUAAAGCAACACUUGAAGCAGCAUCAACACAAGCUGAUGCUGCUUAUGAACAAGUACAAAAAUUAGAAGAACAAGCAUUUAAAGUUCAUCUUGAUAUAACAUUUAAUGCACCAAAUAUUAUUAUUCCAACAAAUUCACGUUCUGAUGAAGCACUUUUUAUUGAUUUAGGUAAAUUAAUAUUGAAAACAAAUUUUUAUGAUGAUCCAAAAAAAUCUCUUGUCGAACAACAAAAUAUUCGGUUUGAAAAUAUGCUUGCAAGUCGUGUUAAACUUGAUCGAGAUUGUAAUAUACUUGGUGAAGCUAUAUUACUUGAAUGUGCUGAAUUAAAUACAUUAAUCGAUCGUUUACUAUAUCCAGACAAAGUUAAAACUGAGCCAGGAGUUUCAAUUAAAGUUGAUUGGGAAUUAGUUCAUUUUCAAUUAGCAAAAGAUGAUUAUACAUGUGUUAUGCGAGUUUUAAUGGAAAAUUUUUCGGAAAAUAUUCGUGAUCAAAUACCUGAAGGUUUCCCGAAUGAACAAUAUCGUUAUACAAAAGACGCACAAGAAAAAGAAAAAGAAAAAGCUGCUGCUAUUAAGAAACAAAAAGAAUCUUAUAGUACUGAAGUAGUACCAACACUUGAACUAAGUGCUGGAAUUCAAAAAUUGGCAUUGACACUUUAUAGUGGAGAAUCAGAUCUGAGCGCUCGUCGUGUACCACAUAAUGAUAAUUCUAAAUUAGCCAAUGUUGAAAUCGACACAUUUGAAGUGUUAUUUCGUCAACAAUCAGACGAAAGUUAUAAAGCCACAGCAUAUGUGGAAAAUUUCUUACUUGAUGAUUUACGUGCAACAAAUAAAUCAUCGAGUGUAACACGUAUGAUGGAUAGAUAUUUUACAGAUGAUCCAAAUACUCAUAUGCUUGUUGCAUCAUUUGAAUUUAAACCAAAAAGUCAAGCCGGUCAAACUGCACUUCGACAAUUAACUGCACAACUUGAAAGUCUUUACAUUUCUAUAAGUUUGGAUUAUUUAAUGAUAUUACAAGAUUUUUUUAUUUCUGGUUUACCAUCGAGUAAUGCUGAAACACCAAAACAGGCUGAACAACAAGCAAUAACAACGCUUGAACAAUCAGGAAAUGAUCAAAUUCAAACAAAAAUUGAUAAGGAACCAACAUCUGUGGCCGCAUCAUCAAAACCCACAACUGGUCAAGAUGCCGAUACAGAAGUUGAAACUCGAAUAGAUGUUAGUUUGAAAAAUCCUGAAAUCAUUUUACUUGAAGAUCAACACAAUGCAAAUUCAAAUUGUCUUGUACUUGAUUUAGCUUUACAAAUGCAUAUGAUUUCUGUUGGUAAUGAUACACAAUUAUAUGGUUGUUUAAAAAAUUUAACAGUUUAUAGUUCAAAUUUUGCUGAAUUAAAAGGCUCAAAGAAUUCGGGAUCAAAAAUAAAAUAUUGUAUUUUACAACCAACUAAAGCUGAUAUAUAUUUAACAAUAAAUAAUGAACGUCAAAGGAUGGAUGUGCGAAUAUCGGAUAUUAUUGUUAGUAUUGCACCAGUUGCUAUUCGAACUGUUAUUAAUGUUACGAGCUCAUUAGGAACAUUACAAGCAGCUGUGAAAACUGAAACCGAAAAACUUAAUUCGAAAUCAUUAUUUAAUCCAAAAUCUAUAAAAGAUGGAAAUUUUUGGUUUACAAAAGAUUAUGAAAAAAAAUCCCAACAAACUGAUGAAUCAGAAACAGCUCGAACUGCUUCAUCACAACAGACAGCUAUUAAAGAAAAAGAAGAAAUACCAAAACCAUUAAUACAACAAUUAAUUUUAACAUUGGAAACCAUCGAAGUUAAACUUGAAGUUGAAUUAGGUUCAAUUAUAAAAUCUGUUGUAGCUAUGUGUUUAUCAAAUUUAACUGCUAAUGUUCAAAAUUGGUCAUCAAAUAUGAGUCUUGCAUCAACAGUAAAUGUUGAAGCCGCGUUAUACAAUGAAAAUACGUUGAGUUGGGAACCACUUAUUGAACCAACAAUUGUUUCUGAAGGUUCAGGUGUUUCACCAUGGUGUAUUACAUGUUCAAUCUUACCUACUCUUCCAUUGACGGAUAAAACUGAAGCACCAAUGAUAAAUGCACAAGAACAAAAAGGUGUGUCAUUGUCAAAAGCAAAACAAAUAAUAUUUGUACGUGCUGAUCAAUUACUUAAUAUAACAAUAACAAAAACUGGACUUAAUCUUGUUAAACGUUUAUUUGCUUUAUUUAAUGAUGCUUAUCAUAAACAAUUACCACCAAGUGAUGAUAAUGAUGAUCUACCAAUGUUAUCUUUAUGCAAUGAAACAGGACGAGAAAUAUUUAUUAAUCAUUUAGAUGGUCUUCAAUUUGCUACUGAUUCAUCAUUACAAUCAAUUACUCUUCAAACACAUGAAUCUGUUCCAUUAAAUGUAUUUAAUGAACAUCAAAGAGCUGGAAGACUUUCAGUAAUCGAUGAACAAAAUUUUAAACGACGAGAAGAAUUUUCUGUUAAAAUUAUUUCUCAACAAGGUGAUGAUAAAGAAUUACUUCGUGUUGAUUUAUCUUUAUUUACUUAUCCUGGAGAAUAUAAAAAACCUAUUGAUGUUUUUGAUUGUGAUCUUAAAGUUCAAUUUGCUAAAGCAAAUAUUGUUUUUCUUUUUAAACAUAUCGAUGCAAUUUCGGGUUUUCUUGAUUCAUUAAAUAUAACUAAAGCAGCACUUGAAGCAGCAUCAACACAAGCUGAUGUUGCUUAUGAACAAGUACAAAAAUUACAAGAAAAAGCAUCUAAAGUUCAUCUUGAUAUAACAUUUAAUACACCAAAUAUUAUUAUUCCAACAAAUUCACGUUCUGAUGAAGCACUUUUUAUUGAGUUAGGUAAAUUAAUAUUGAAAACAAAUUUUUAUGAUGAUCCAAAAAAGUAUCUUGUCGAACAACAAAAUAUACGAUUUGAAAAUAUGCUUGUUAGUCGUGUUAAACUUGAUCGAGAUUGUAAUAUACUUGGUGAAGCUAUAUUACUUGAAUGUGCUGAAUUAAAUACAUUAAUCAAUCGUUUACUAUAUCCAGACAAAGUUAAAACUGAACCUGGACUUUCAAUUAAAAUUGAUUGGGAAUUAGUUCAUUUUCAAUUAGCAAAAGAUGAUUACACAUGUGUUAUGCGAGUUUUAAUGGAAAAUUUUUCGGAAAACAUUCGUGAUCAAAUACCUGAAGGUUUUCAAAAUGAACAAUAUCGUUAUAGACAAGUGGCACAAAAAAAAGAAGAAAAAAAAUUAAAAGCUACUGCUAUUAAGAAACAAAAAGAAUCUUAUAGUACUGAAGUAGUACCAACACUUAAACUACGAGCUGGAAUUCAAAAAUUGUCAUUGACACUCUAUAGUGGAGAAUCAAAUCUGAGCGCUCGUCGUGGACCACGUAAUGAUAAUUCUAAAUUAGCCAAUGUUGAAAUCGACACAUUUCAAGCGUUAUUUCGUCAACAAUCAGAUGGAAGUUAUAAAGCAACAGGACGUGUGAAAAAUUUCUUACUUGAUGAUUUACGUGCAACAAAUAAAUCAUCGAGUGUAACACGUAUCAUGAAUAGACACUUUACAGUUGAUCCAAAUGCUCAUAUGCUUGUUGCAUCAUUUGAAUUUAAACCAAAAAGUCAAGCACGUCAAACUGCACUUCGGCAAUAUAAAAUAAAAAUUUUCAAUGAAAAUAUUUUAAACUAA